AGACAAACUGGAGGCUAGAAGGAGGGGUUGAGGAGGAGGAAGGGGUGGAGGAUGCAAUUGGAACUAACUUUUUGUUUAGUAACACAAAGCAAUAAACCACGUUAGGCGACUAGAAAAAGUUUGAUGCAAAGUUUCCGCCGGAUCCGGCGCAGACAAGCGAUGCUUGAGGCAGCAAAUGACCGAAUCCCUACUCUCUGCAUCAGAUCUGUAGCCCCAUGCCACCAAAGAGAGAAACAGGGGAGGUUCCAGCACAGCCGCCGCUCAAGAUGAUAAAGAUCAACACAGAUGCGCAGGAGUUUGGCUGCGAUUCAGGCGAGGAUAAGUACAGGCUGACGGAGGAGUCCGGCUUCUCACCGUUCCCCACCAACGAGCACGAAACUAUUGAAUUUGACGAAGAACACGUUUCGAGCCCAGGCAUCAGAACAGACACCAUCAGCCUCCUCAUGAAAAUAGAGCAGCUGCAGGCACAGCUCAAAUAUGAACGCAGAUGUAGGAUCUUGGCAGAGAAAGAGCUGAGAGAGCUGAAAGAGAUGAACACGCUCAUGAUGCAGAUGAGACACACGGCUCACGAACUCCGGGUCACUCUGGAUCACGUUCUCCAAGGAGGCGAGGGAACAGUCGCGCCACAGAACUCUCAUGAUGAAACCAUCGCCUUCCUGGCUGAGCCUGAGACAGAGAUGAGAAUGGCUCAUAAUAUCCCAGAGGACGACCACAACUUCCUGUAUCUUUCCGAGAAUCUCAGAGUACCAAGAAAUCUUUACGCACGCAUCGCAGAGAUAGCGGAUUACAAGAAAUACACGUCGGCUCUGCUCAUGAUCCUUUUCGACAGAGAAACAUUAGCGACGCACUCUCUGCAAGGCCGGAGGAACACCUUCACAGGAGAGGACUCCCACAAACCCCAGCUGCCUCCUGAGAUCCUGAGAAGCAUAAUUGAUCACGUGUCAGGGAAGUUCGAAGUGGAUAGCAGCCAGAUAAAAACCGCAAUCCGGACAAAGCUGAAUAACGAGGACAAACUCUUAAAGAAGAGGCUGGGUUUGGGUAAAGCUGAGAACAAAGCUAUUCUAGACCAAGGUUUUGGCCAAGAUGCUUCACUUCUGCCUGAAAAUGGAGCGAUGGGAAGCGACUCGCAGUUGUAGCCUUUCCAGUCUUUGUCUGUUGGUCACUAGAUCUUCAUGUCUAAAAGAAAUGUGACUGGUUGCCUUCGUCAAGCUGUUUUUUACACACAGUGUUUGUCUGUCAUGCUGUACGUUUGUUAUAAGUGUAAAGUUAACCUGGUGACCCAGCCAAGCCCCCGGGAAAGCGCUUUACUGCACAAUGUCAAGUGUAAUCAUCAGUGGUUCAAACCCAAGUGUUCUUAUUUAAUUUGAGGUAGUGACUGUGACUGUGUCUAAGUAACACGUUAACAACAUUGAUGAUGUCAUGUUGUCCUGCAUUUCAAUCAGCUGUCUGUGUAAAAGUAUGACGUUUCAACAUGUUUAGGCUAAGAGGGGACCCGUUCGGACCCGAAGUUGUAUGUAACGAGAAAUCCUCCUGCCCCCAAAGCAUCUGUUCUCUUCUCUUUCUUGUGAUUCACAGACAAUAAACGUUCGGAAUCUA